GAAGGCAAGCCAAAGUCCCGCCGAAGAUAGUCGGCUGCGUGGUGCGGUGGCUAGCGGGGGGCGGGGGUGCCCACCGCCACAGCCAGCUCCGCGGCGCCGAGGGCCGCGGGUCAGGCAGGGGGGCGGCCCGCCCUUCGUCCUGCCCCUCGCCCUAUUAUCAGUCACCUCCCCUGGGAGGGGUGAAAGCCAGACUUGCAGGUCUGAGUCAUGCACAAGGUGGCGCCGCUAGGUCCCUGGGCCCUGGCUUGGAAGUCCGUGCGGAUGGCCAGCUCCGGGAUGACCCGCCGGGACCCGCUCGCGAAUAAAGUGGCCCUCGUAACGGCCUCCACUGACGGGAUCGGCUUCGCCAUCGCCCGGCGUCUGGCCCAGGAUGGGGCCCACGUGGUCGUCAGCAGCCGGAAGCAGCAGAACGUGGAUCAGGCAGUGGCCACGCUGCAGGGGGAGGGGUUGAGCGUGACAGGCACCGUGUGCCACGUGGGAAAGGCCGAGGACCGGGAGCGGCUGGUGGCCACGGCUGUGAAGCUUCAUGGAGGUAUCGAUAUCCUAGUCUCCAAUGCUGCCGUCAACCCUUCCUUUGAAACCGUAAUGGAUACCACUGAGGAGGUGUGGGACAAGGUUCUGCAUAUUAAUGUGAAGGCCACAGCCAUGAUGACAAAGGCAGUGGUGCCAGAAAUGGAGAAACGAGGAGGCGGCUCAGUGGUGAUCAUAUCCUCCAUAGGAGCCUUCCAUCCAUUUCCCGGCCUCUGCUCUUACAGUGUCAGUAAAACAGCCUUACUGGGCCUCACCAAGUGCCUGGCCCAAGAGCUGGCCCCAAGGAACAUUCGGGUGAACUGCCUAGCACCUGGACUUAUCAAGACUAGCUUCAGCAAGAUGUUCUGGACAGACAAGGAACAAGAGAAAAGGACAAAACAAACCCUGAAGAUAAGAAGGAUCGGUGAGCCAGAGGACUGUGCGGGCAUCGUGUCUUUCCUGUGCUCUGAAGAUGCCAGCUACAUUACUGGGGAGACAGUGGUGGUGGGUGGAGGAGCCCUGUCCCGCCUCUGAGGACCCAAAGACAGCCCCCCAGGGCAGAGCUGGGCUCUAGCUUCUGGUGCUGUUCCUGCAUUCAUCACUGGCUUUUCCCACCUCUACCCACCUUACUGUUCACCUCACAAAAUCAGUUCUGCCUGUGACAAGAUCCAGCCUUCCCUGCCAUCAAGGUGGCAUCUUACUCGGGAUUCCUGCUGUUGCUGUGGCCUUGGAUAAAGGUCUCCCCUGAGAACACAGGACAGGCCUGCUGAGAAGGCUGAGUCUACCUUGGCAAAAACCAACAGCUAUUUUUUGCCCGGGCCACUCGGGAAUUUGAGGGGAGAUGCGAGAGAGGGAACCUAGAGUGGAAGGAGCAGAGUUAGAAAUUAACAACUUGCAAAUGAGGUUCAAAUAAAAUGCAGAUGAUUACACUGCUUUGAA